AACCGUACUGUCUUUAAAAGUCCCACUGUUUCUCCCUGGCAUCCAAACCAGCCACUCCUGUCUCUUCGGCACUGCUGCCAUGAACACCUUCCUGCUGUCUGCACUGUGCCUCCUUGGCGCCUGGGCUGCCCUGGGGGCAGAGGGGGUCACCGUGCAGGAUGGCGAGUUCUCCUUUUCUCUGGAGUCAGUGAAGAAGCUCAAGGACCUCCGGGAGCACCAGGUGCCCAGCAUUCGGAAGCACAGGAAGGGCGGUGGGCCCAUGGUGCCGCUUGCCUGUAGCUACUCACAGUUUCCCAAAGAACUCAAGCCUCUCUGCAAGGAGCCCAAUGCCCACCAGAUCCUCCAGAGGCUGGAGGCCAUCGCCGAGGACCCGAGCACGUGUGAGAUCUGUGCGUACGCUGCCUGUGCGGGAUGCUAGGACACCGGGAUGUGUGGCCUUCUGCCCCUCCCCCGCAGGACGCCGGCGCUCCGCACAUCUCAGCCUUCCCUGCUGCCCAGUGAGGAGUGAGGAGAGAGCGGCCUGGGGGGGCCCCCCUGCCCCAGCCCCCGACCCACCCGAGCUGCUGGAUGCUCCCCAAAGUCCACCCCAAGCCUCAGCUAAUAAACCAGAUCCCAGAGUGCC